AUGGGGAAAAUACAUUAUACAAUGCAGCCAGAAAACAGUACAAAAUCGUGCAAGGCGCGUGGUUCAGAUCUUCGUGUACACUUCAAGAACACACACGAGACGGCACAAGCCAUCAAGCAUAUGCCCUUAAAGCGUGCGAUACGUUUCCUGGAAAAUGUCAAAGAAAUGAAAGAGAUUGUUCCAUUCCGCAAAUUCAACCAUUGUGUUGGUCGAAAAGCUCAAGCCAAAGCAUGGGGACAUACUCAAGGACGUUGGCCGAAGAAAUCAGCCGAAUUCUUACUUCAGUUGUUAAGGAAUGCCGAAAGUAAUGCGGAAUAUAAAGGUCUUGACACGGACCAUCUUGUUGUUGAGCACAUUCAAGUGCAGCGUGCUGCCAAAAUGCGACGUCGCACGUACCGUGCUCAUGGCCGAAUAAAUCCAUAUAUGUCGUCACCGUGUCAUAUAGAAGUGAUUCUGUCCGAGAAGGAAGAAGUUGUCGCUAAGCCAGCUGAAGGUGUCACGAAAACCAAGAAGGAAUCGAAAAAGAAACAGCGUCGUAUACUGGCCCGUGGCGAAUACUAA